GCACAGCCUCCUCCCCUGCAGGACAAACAGCACAUGGUGGGCUUGGACCUGCCCCAUCCCCAGUUCCUGAGGAAGGGGAGGAACUGGAAAACUGGGCUGGUGCUGCCCUAAUCCAGCCCAAAGGGUUCAGGGAUUUGGUUUCUUGGCCCUGAGCUCAUGUUGUGCUGGUCUGUGCAGGUCCUGCCUGUCCCAGUGUGAGCUCUGGAGGUUCUGACUGAUCCUGUGCUGGAUGCCAGUGGAUGUUUGCAGGAGGAGAAGCAUUUUAGUGUUUCCCCACCUAGGAAAGGCUCCUGUGUCCUUCCUAGGGGGUCUGUGUGGGUGUUCAGGAUGCAAGGCCACAGGAUUUUGUCUCCUGGUCUGAGGGGCUGGUCCAGCCCCCCAAAAGCCACAGAGCCUCAGCCAAAGGAGAUUCUCCUUCACUGCAUGGAGCACACUGAGGGUGUCCCAUGCUGCCAGCAGGAUCCUGGUUCCCACAGCUGGCAGACACCAGCAGGACUGGAGGGAACCAUCCCCCGGGCAUGGCACAGCUCCUCACAUUCCAUGGGCCUCUUCCAACCCCUCCAACCCUCCAGGGAAACCAGCAGGCCCGAGGCUGGAGGCCUCCACAGCAGCCCUUGCUGGGACAAACCCCCUGCCAGCAGCCCCCCAUCCUUUUGUCCCUUGCACAGAUGUGACGCUCAGAGAUUAUGCUGUAGAUUAAGGUUUUACCGAAUCCUGAAAUGAGUGCAAAUACCCAGAAGCUCACACGCAGUUAAAUCUCUUCUGGAUGCUCGGCUGGAUGGUGGAAAAGGCUUUUCCCACCCUGUCCUCCCCACGUGCAGGAAGGACAGAGCCCAAAUAUUCACCCCAGCCUGUCUGCUGAGAGCCUGCAGGUAAGAGCAGUGGUGUUUGGGGGUGGAAGGAUGGGAAGAUGUGUUUUGUAAUGGCUGAAACUCCGAGGGAUCUGUAUUUUCUGCUCUGUGAUGUGCUGAAGGUCACUGCUGGGGCAGAGGGUGUGACACACAGCACCCCGGGGGGACGUACCUGUGUGCAGGGCGUGUCAGGGGAGGGAUGUGCCAGCCCUGACCUGGCACUGUUACCCCCAGCAGCUCACCCAAUCCUUUAUUCCUGAAAAACCUCCAAAAUCUUUGAGUCCAACCACUGAACCGGGGGCCCAAAGCAUCCAGAGCUCCCCGUGGACUCAGCCCUCAGGCAGAAUCUCCUCCUGCAGCAGCGGGACCCCGGCAGGGACAGUCACCCCCGGGCUGUGCCAUCCCUGGCGACAGGGCCCUUCCAGCCCGGAGCGGCAGCUCUCGGCCACAAAGGGACUUUUCCUUCAGCACAUUCCUUUUGCCCGCCCCGCCGGUGGCAGCGGGGAGGUUUCCCGCAGCCUGGGCGGGGAGGGAUGGCGCCUGUCCCCGAUCAAAGGGGCCCUUGUCCCGCAGCGGGGACAGCGGCGCUGAUGUGGCAGCGGCGGGGGAGGGAUGAGCGGGGCUCCCCCGAGUGCCCCGGGAGCCUCGGCGGGGCCGGGCCGGGCCGUGACGUGGCAACUUCCGAGGUGAUUCCGGCUGCACCUUCCCCGUGGAGCCAGCCCGCAGCUCGUCCUGCUCGCCCCGCCGGCAGCUGCCCAGCGCCGGAGAUGAUGAUUCGCAGGCAGCAGGGACGCGCAGGUGACCCCGCGGAGCCAUGAACGCCUCUCUGCCCGGCAGCCAGCUGAGACAGCCCGAAGCUCAGGACGUGGCCGCCUUCACUCCGGUCUCCAUCGUCAAGAGCGUGACAAAGAAAUCGGACGCGCUGCCCGUGAUCUCGGCCAUCGUGGUGGCGUUCGUGCUGCUGGCCGUGCUCAUCAUCCUGGCGGUGCACUACGGGCCCCAGCUGCGCACCGUGCAGAUCACGCUGUACCACGAGCCCAUGCCCCAGCUCAUGGACAGCGUGCUCCUCACCCACUGGAGACAGCUGGAUUCCCACGGGAAGCUGCCGGGCCGGGAUCUGCCCGGCGUGGACUCGGCUGGGGUGAUCUGCCACUGCUCCUGCAGCCGUCACCUUCCCCUUGGGAGCGCUGAGCCCAAUGUCAUCGAGAUCACCUACCUGUGACAGCCCUGGGCCACCUGGGCACAAGGCACGUGGCCCUCGGGAAAGGCUGGGAUGGGAUCUUCGUGUAUCCCGGGACUCACUGCUGCCCACACACGGAGGCUGCACCUCCCCAGAGCCGUGUCUGGCCCCAGGAACCCUCAGCCAGGAGGUUCAGGGUCACUGCAGUGUUCCUGGAAACUGCAUCACCCCAGAGCUGUGUCUGGCCCCAGGAACCCUCAGCCAGGAGGUUCAAGACACACCAGUGGCCCCCAAAAGUCCAGCCCAGGGGUGUCACUGUCCCCAGGCAGGAGCUGGGUCCCAGUCCUGUCUCUGGGGCUGGCUCAGCCUACCUGGGACAGCUUUAGCAUCUCUUCUGCCCUGGUUUUACCUGCCCCACACUGCCUGGGAGUGGCCAGCAGAGCUGCCUUGGUCCUUGCCCCAGCUGCAGAGCUCUGGGGCUGUGCUCGGCCCCGGCAUUAGCUGGAAGUUGCAUCACCUGGAAUUGUUUUCCGGUGAAGAUGUUUCCACACUCAGUGUCCUUGUGACACUGUUUCUAUGGCACAGAGAAGCUUCCAGCCGCUCUUUGCCUCUCACCACAGCCCCUUUUCCCACAGUGGGGGGCUGGAACAUCGUCCUGCCCCUGCCAGCCCCCCCAGCCCCUCGGGCAAACAGCCAGAGAGGGGAGGAGAGGAUGCAGCUCCUGGUUCUGUGUGGGGCGGUGCCAGGGACGGGGGACAACGUGUCCUGUCCCCAGUGGAGGUGGGUGAGAGAGGAGUGGUGACACAGCAGAGUGGUGAUAGUGGCACAGCACAGCUGGAUGAACAUCUGGAGGUGUUGGCACCAGAGGGGAAACUCGUGUGACUCUGGGCAGAGCCUGCAGCACCUCUGUGCAAAGGGAUGGGGAGACCUGAGGUCACCCUCACUGUGUCACCUUCAAUGUGUCACCUUCAAUGUGUCACCCUCACUGUGUCACCCCCACUGUGUCACCCCUACUGUGUCACCCUCAAUGUCUCACCUUUACUGUGGUCACCCUUGCUGUGUCACCCUUGCUGUGUCCCCUCCCUGGCUGCUGUCCCUAGGAGGGAGCAAUGCUGGGGUUGCCAUCUCUGGUGCUGAGGUGGCACAGAGGGAUCAGGGCAGGUGAAACCUGAGCCCUGCAGGAUCCUGGGGGUGUCAGAGCACGGCUCCUGUUCAGCCCUGGGGUCUCUGCUGCUGGAGAUCUCUUCAGUCCCAGCUUCUCCUCCCGUGGGACACUGCAGGAUCUGCAGUGCCUGGGGAGGGAGCAGCCUCUGAGAUCCCCCAGGAGGAUUUAUUCUGCUGGUCAGCCCCACAAGUCAGGAUACAGCUCCAACCUCUCCCAGUCUGGAAAAGCCAGGUCUGUGGCUGCCCUCAGGUCCCUGGCACAGAUCCCCGUGGGCACAGCUGGACAAGAGAUGGCCUUUACCUGUUCCUGCAGGUGCUGGAGGGAUUUCUUGACAUGGCAGAUGCUUCAGGAUCCCUCCUCUCACUUUUCCAGCCCUUUUCUUGCUUUAAAGCUGGGUAGUGGUUGGACUUGCUGAAAACUUUUUGUCUCCACAACAAAGAUAAUUUAUAUUA